AUGAACACAUCUAUACUCGAUCCUUUAUAUGGAGGUUUUCCUGAAGUGAUAGAAGAGUAUUUGGAGCUGGAACAUGGCAUUAUGAAAUGCAUUGCUUUCAACCGUCGCGGUACCCUUCUUGCUGCUGGCUGCAAUGAUGGAAGUUGUUUUAUCUGGGAUUUUCUAACCAGGGGCGUUGCUAAAGAGCUUCGAGAUAAUGAAUGUUCUUCUCCCAUUACCAGUAUUUGUUGGUCAAAGUAUGGUAACCGAAUUCUUGUAUCUGCUGUUGACAAGUCAUUAUCGCUGUGGGAUGUUUUGAGUGGUAAGAGGAUAAGAAGAAUAGUUUUGCAGCAAACUCCUUUACAAGCUCGUCUUCAUCCAGCAGAGUCCUCCAAACCAUCUCUCUGCUUGGCAUGUCCUCUCUCAUGUUCUCCGAUGAUUGUUGACUUAAAUACCGAAGAAACGACUUUUCUUAAAGUUUCUGUCUCUGAGAAACCAAGUGGACCAAACCCUGCCUCACGCAAUAAGGGUUCUGAUGGAAGCACCUCCUUCACACCUACUGCAGCAUGUUUUAGUAGGUAUGGAAACCUGGUUUAUGUAGGAAAUUCAAAAGGGCAAAUUCUUAUAAUUGACAGUAAAGACGGCGAGGUGCGUGGCAUGAUUCCCAUCUCGGGUGGUUCAGUAGUGAAAAGCAUUGUAUUAAGCAGGAAAGGACAGUAUCUUCUGACGAACUCAAAUGAUAGAGUAAUCAGGAUUUAUGAAAAUCUUCUUCCCCCGAAAGAUGAAAUUAGAGCACUAGAGGAACUGAAUGAGAAUCUCAGUGAUCUAAAUGGUGUUGAGAAGUUUAAGGCCAUAGGAUCAAAAUGUCUAACAUUAUUCCGAGAGUUUCAAGAUGCAAUAACAAAGGUGCACUGGAAAGCACCAUGUUUCAGUUGUGAUGGUGAGUGGGUUAUUGGUGGUUCUGCUAGCAAAGGAGAGCAUAAGAUUUACAUAUGGGAUAGAGCUGGACAUCUUGUGAAAAUCCUUGAAGGGCCUAAGGAAGCCUUAAUUGAUUUAGCAUGGCAUCCUGUACGUCCUAUUGUUGUAUCGGUUGCUUUGAACGGCACAGCUUAUAUCUGGGCUAAAGAUUACACCGAGAGCUGGAGUGCUUUUGCUCCUGAUUUCAAAGAGCUUGAGGAAAAUGAGGAGUACGUGGAACGUGAAGAUGAAUUUGAUUUGAAUCCUGAGACUGAGAAGGUAAAAGGAUCUGAUGUCGAUGAAGAUGAGGAAAUUGACAUUAUGACAGUGGAGAAGGAUCCUGCUUUCAGCGACUCUGAUAUGUCCCAAGAAGAAUUAUCAUUCCUGCCAGUAUCUCCCAUUCCCGAUGUUCCUGAACAGCAAGAUAAAUUCUUGGAAAGUUCUUCAAAGCUGGUGGGCAGCAAUAACUCUGGAUCCACAUUUUCAGAGGAGGCUGUUACAAAUAGACAUAUGAUGAAUCAUGCCUCAAGUCCAGUGGAAGAUGAUGCUGUGGGAACACGAAUUAAAAGAAAUCGGAAACCAUCAGAGAAGGUGCUGGAGUUGCAGGCAGAAAAAGUAAACAAACACUUAAAAUCUAGCAAAUCAUCAAGAACCAAAACAAAAUCUUUGGUUGAUGAGAAUGCUGGUAAUGGUUUUUAUUACAAUGAGCUUUCUGAUGAAUAA